UAUUCAGAUCAUGCCUGAAACCACCGUGAAAGCGCCCAAGAAGGGCUCAAAGAAAGCCGUGUCUAAGAGCGUCAGCAAGACCGGCAAGAAAAAGAGGAGGACCAGGAGGGAGAGCUACGCCAUCUACGUGUACAAGGUGCUGAAGCAGGUCCAUCCCGACACCGGCAUCUCGUCCAAGGCUAUGGGCAUCAUGAACUCGUUUGUGAGCGACAUCUUUGAGCGCAUCGCCGGUGAGGCCUCCCGUCUGGCUCACUACAACAAGCGCUCCACCAUCACUUCCAGGGAGAUCCAGACCGCCGUCCGCCUGCUGCUGCCCGGGGAGCUGGCCAAGCACGCUGUGUCUGAGGGCACCAAGGCCGUCACCAAGUACACCAGCUCCAAGUAAACCUGUUAACAACAAACCAUCAACACAAAGGCUCUUUUAAGAGCCACCCACUUUCUCUGAAGAUAAUUCCUGAUGUCUCUUCGG